AUGUGCAAAGGAAUUAUCGGUCACUGCCAGUGCUUGCGCUGCAUCGACCACCCGGCGCCGGGCAAAAUCCAGCGCGUUGACUUUUGCGAGAAGAAAAAGCACGAGCUGGUCGGCAUCACCAGUUCUCUGACCGCUGCCGAAUGCCGGUUUUACCUUGCCCCUUGCGAGAAUCUGACUCUUGUCCGCAUCCGGGACCCUGAUGCCUGCCACUUCAAGGGCGGCGAGAAUGCUGUCGGCGGUCUGGAAAUCAAAUUCACUCCGAUCAAUGCCGCCGUCUCAAUUGCCAAAGCCGCUCUGUCGGCUCUGGCCGAGAACGAAGCCAACCACGCUCACGGCGCGGCCGCUGCUGUCGACGAUGGCGGCGACAACAUGGACCUUGACCGCGCUUCUUUCGGUGCUGGCAAGCACGAGGCGGACAUUGUCGGAAGAGACUCUGGCGAAAUGGAUAUUAACCCCGGCAAGACGAGCCAGCACGCCCAGAACACGGACAAUAACAUGGACGUCGACAGCCCUCUCGGCGCGUCCAAGGCCGACAAGCAGACCCCCGCCGGCUUCCCCCUGAACGCCGAGACCCCUGUGAAGCCUACCAGCACCAGCACUGUCGCUUCCGCCGACAACACCGGCACCGACGCUGGCACCCUCGCCCGCACCAGGCCGUUCAAGACUCCGAGCGGCCGCACCCCGCUGCCCACGAGCCGCCCUCCGCUCCCCCUCGCGCUGCAGAAGACCACGGGCGUGCCCGGUUCUCCGGCCGUCACCACUGCCGAGCGCGCGGGGGAGGAUGAGGGGGCCCGGUGGACGCACCAGGAGACGGUCAAGCUGCUGCUGCUGCGUUGCAAGGAGGUCGCGUUUGAACGCAUGGUCGAGUUCAUCCCGGGCCGUGAUGCGGCCGCCUGCAUGGAUCGCUUGGCGCAGAUUGCUGUCAGGCACGGGUACGAGGCGUACAUCUGA